CAACUUUUUGUUAGAGUUCUUAAUAUUGAGUGUAUGAGUGAAUUAUACUAGACUAUAAUACAUAAUGCAGAAAUUUGUUAGAAGCUUCACUGUUUAUGUUACUAUUUAUUUUAAAAGACAACUAACAUUUAUACGGUUAUAUAUCGAAAGUUGAAGAGCACAAUCGAUGUAUCAGUUAAUAAAUAGGCAAGAUCAGCUGAUUUUAGGAGGUGUAUGUAAAUUAAAGGAAGGCAGUUUGUUAUAUUUGGAUUUUGAUCAUAAGAGGAUUAACUAGUGAUGGUCAUAUAUGGAGUAUAUAUUGUUUCGAAAUCCGGUGGAUUGAUUUUUAAUCAUGAUCAUAAUAUUCCGAAGACUGAGACAGAGAAAACAUUUAGUUUUCCACUAGAUAUAAAGUUGCAGUAUGAAAACAAAAAAGUUGUAGUUGCUUUUGGACAAAGAGAUGGAAUAAUGGUUGGCCAUGUGCUUACAGCAGUAAAUGGCACUCCAGUGACAGGACGACAGCUGGAUGAUGGAAAGGAUGUAUUUGAUGUUCUCGAAAAUGAGGAAUUAUUUCCUCUGAACCUAAAGUUUGAGCGUCCGAAGAUGACGACCAAUGAGAAGAUAUUUCUAGCCAGCAUGUUCUAUCCACUUUUUGCAAUUGCCAGCCAGUUAAGCCCAGAGCCCAGAAGCUCUGGUAUUGAAGUCCUGGAAGCAGACACUUUCAAGCUACACUGCUUUCAGACGCUUACAGGAGUAAAGUUCAUGAUUGUGGCUGAACCAAACCAAACAGGAAUGGAUGUACUGCUGAAAAGAAUUUAUGAACUAUAUGCGGAUUAUGCUUUGAAAAACCCAUUUUAUUCAUUGGAAAUGCCAAUCCGAUGUGAACUGUUUGAUACAAAUCUUCAGAAUUUACUAGAACAAAUUGAAAAAUCUGGCAUUAGUAAUGUGUGAAUGAAGAUAUUCAUGUUUAGGUGUACUGAACAGAAGUUGUAUAAAUUUAUGUCUUUCUUCAAAAGCAUUUAUAGAAGACAGUUUCAUUAUUUUCAACAGAAAGGUAUUUACAAGGAACUGUGUAAUUUAUUUAUUGUUUUCUUUUGU